AGCGUUUGAUGCUAGCUGGCAGCUAGAAGAAAAACAAACCUAUUUUUUAGCAGUUGUUAUGCUCACUUGUCGUAUUUAUAUCAAUCAAGAAAAAAUGUUGCAUCUUAUGAUAGCAUUUUUUGACUCGAAGUCGUGUUUAUUAUCAUGACUGACUGAGAAUUGACACAAGUUCAGCUGAUUUUGUCACUGAGGAAGCAAUGGACCACCACAGAUCCCACAAUCCCACCUCCAGCUACCACAGCCAGUCAUCGUACAAGAGACAGAGAGAUGACACUGAAAGAAAUCACAAUGGAAAUAAACACUUCAGACCAAACAACUACCACCAUCAGUCUGGACCACCCUUGAGGCAAAACCCAGUCAGCCCUCAGGCUUUGAGCACAAGAAGGGAGCUGUAUGAAAAAGACUUUCCUUUGUACAAACAGCCUGUGGAAGUGGGAUGCUUUUCCCUCGACUCUAAGCGAAGAUUCUUCAAUGAUAGCAGGCAGUUGAGAUACUAUGUGGAACCUGACAGAAAUCCUAAUUUUGACCUGCGUGAUGGAUACAAGGACCGCUUUAUAAAGAGAGACGACAGUGUGAAGGAGAAGCUGGACCACAUCCUGCGGUGGAUCGUGGCCAACAAAUCAAAGCUCAUGACAAAGACGAUGACCUCAUCAUGUGCUUUAGAUCUCAACUUUGUGACAUGGCGUGGUCAUCUGACCAAGCUACUGACCACUCCUUACGAGACCCGGGAGGGCUGGUUGCUGGCGGUCACAAGGUUCAAGGGCACGCUUUACAUCAGCGAAGUGGAAACAGAAACCGCUCGCAGGGAACGAGACAACCGCACUGAGAGGCAUGAAGAGAUGAUGUACUGGGGAUACAAGUUUGAGCAGUACACAUGCACAGAUAACGUCCAGAGUUUACCUGACCCGGGUGGAGUGGUUAACACUAAUGAGGCCUUCUGCACUGUGGUGCAAACUCGGCUGGCGGAUCACAAGCUUCUGUUCUCUGGUGAGGUGGAUUGCAGGGAUAAAGAUCCUAACGCUCCGGCUCCUCCUGCCUGCUACGUGGAGCUGAAGACCUCUGCAGAGAUCUGCACCCCUAAACAACGCAGCAACCUCCACAGGUUCAAACUGCUAAAGUGGUGGGCACAGUCGUUCCUCCCUGGUGUCCCUCGUGUUGUAGCAGGUUUCCGGGAUCAUGACGGAGUGGUCAUUGAUGUAGAGACUUUUCACAUCUCUAAGAUUUCACAUCUCAUCAAGAAUGAAUACAACUGCUGGAAACCAACAGUCUGUAUGAACUUCUGCAGUGAUUUCUUGUCUUUUGUGAAACAAGUGGUUACUGAGGACAAUCCUGGUGUUGUGUAUCUGUUCUCCUGGGAGCCCCGCAGAGAUGUGACCUACUCAGUUCACAGAGACUCCCAGUAUUCUUUCCUGCCACACUGGUAUGUGGAGGAGAUAACCAGUAGUCAAGACUCACAACAUCAGUCCUGAGCUACAACUCAUAUAUGAUCAACUGGAACCGUUGAUAUAUUGUUGUAAACCUCCAAUGGAGGGUUCUUACUUACUCUUACAAAAUACUUAAAUUCACACAGGCUAUGUGAAUUAAUUUAAUGUCACUGAUCACAUACUACUACAUGAUCUUCUUGUUCAUCUUUUACAAUUAAAUGUUUGGUUUUUUUCC